UUGACUUGGCGGCCAUAUUGAAUGUUGUCUGUUGACAGUUGCAUGUAAAGAUUUACUCAAAGGCCAACUUAUUCUUUGAAGGAAGGUGUGCCGUGCGUUUCAGUUAAAUUAGGACAUAUGUCUUAAACCUUUAACGGCUUUAUAUAAAUCGCGUCAUGGAUGAAGAUGAACGUCGGAGGAAGGUAGAAGCUGGGAGAGCUAAGAAAUCUUCCAGCAUGCCUCAAAGUCAGUCUCUUGCUAGUUUCAGACAGAAGCGGGCGAAAAGCGACGGGGCGGGGACGGCGAAAAAGACGCAGAAGAGGAAGGGCCAGGUUGUCUCGCAGAAUGACCACUCGACGCAAGACCGCCACGUAGAACCAGUUAAACUUCCAUCAGCCAGUGCCACAGAGCUUAACAACACCAACCAUGAGGAGCCUCAAAUGUCAGCAAAACCAGAGGUUCAGCAGAAUGAACAGAAGGAUCAGCCUCUCACCCCAGAGCAAAGCUCGUCCCCUGUGGAAGACUUCAGAGAAGAGGAGCUAGCUGCACUUACUGGCAAAGAGCAGCUCAAGCUGCUACAGCAGGCUGUGGAGAAGCGUAAUGAAAUAAUUGCCAAACUCAGCUCCAACCUGCAGGAGGCCCUGGCCAGUAGAGACCAGGUACAGCUGGAGGCACAGUCACUUGCUGGACAGAUUCAGGCACUGCAGAGGCAGCUCCAGCAGACCAGUGUGGAGUUUCUGCGUAUCAAAAAUCUGUCAGGAGCUGAAGUCCUUAAUAUUCAGCAGCCUUGCCAUGAACCAUCCUCCCAAGAGCCAAACAUCAGUCAUAAGGAAGGACCAUUAGGGGGAUCAGAAAGUGGAAGUUCUGGCUCCCAGUCAGAUGCUGAAGUUGAAACCGAUGUAGAAACUGUUCUGUGCAAGCUGAGAGCUGAGCUGGAGGAAGAAAGGAAGAACAGUCAGCAACUAUGUGCUGAACUAGCAGAGGAGAUGGAGAAAAACAAGCAUGUGCUUUCUUUGCUGGAGAAGGAGAAGCAAGGAAGAGAAGAAGAGCAAAAAGAGAGGGAGGUGGAACUGCAAAACCUCCACACCCAGUUAAGCCAACUCCAAAGUCAGUGCCUUGAGAUGCAACAAUACAAAGAGGAGAAAGAGAUUCUCAACAGAGAAUUGCUGGAGCUCAGGAGAAGGCUUCAGGAGGAAGAAGAUGCUCAGAGGAGAUAUAGUGAGGAGCUUGCUAACUCUGCCAUUUGUUUUCAGAGUCUUGAGGAGGAGAUGAAAAGGCUCAAAGAGGAGCACAGAGAGGAGGUCGAGCACAUCAGGCAGCUGUUAGAUGAGAGAGAGAAAGAACUAAAGUUCAAGGAGGAAGAGGUAAUAGGACUCAAAGUGUCUAAGAAUUGGCAAAACCAGAUAAAAGCUGGAUUUAGCUCUGAUGAGACUGCCAGCAUAGAUGAGGCUAAUCUGGAAAGUGGAGCUGAUCAGGUCAUUAUGAGCAAAUCAGUGCCUGGAGAUAUUCUGAUGGAGCGAUACUUGUCUUCGGCUCCCCUUGCGCACUCGAAGUCUUCAAUGGUAAAUGAAAGCUUUGAACAGUGCACUCAACUGGACAUCUCUGCAGACCGCAGUUUUGAGCUGAACAGUGAAGUGUUUGGAGAUGAGCCUCUAUUGUCAAUUUCAAACCGUCUACCUGAAGAACACGACAACAGCCAAAACAUCUCCAGCUCACAGCACUCCGUUUCUCCGGCUGAUGAUUCCAACCCUCAGUGGCUUCACAACUCUGCUUGUGGUGGGAUGGAGAUCGGUGAAGUGUCUGAGCAGCAGUUUGAGGACACUGACUUGGAAAAAGAACUGCUGAGUCAGCAGUGUGACGAGCUCCGUGAGGAGCUGGCCCUUAAGGAGAGGGAUUUGAAUGUAUUAAGGGAGGAAGUAAUCAAGAGUGCAGAAGAGCUGGAGGAGGCAAGGGGCAGGUGGGCUCAAGUAACCGAAGAACUUAAAGAAGCUCUCCAGGAGCUUGAUGAAGAAAAGGAGAAGAGGAGACAAUUUGAGGAGGAGAUGAACUUGAAAGCCCACGAACAAGACAGCCUUAGGAACAAGCUCAGUGCCUUAUUAGAAGACAGGAAACAGGAGAAUGUAGUAAUGUUGACAGUAAAGGAAACUAAAAUCACUGCUGAAACUUCCCUGCUCAUACCUGCUACCUUGCCACUAGAUGAGGAAGAAAAACUGGUUGGAGAGCUGAAGGAAGAGAAGGAAACUGCACUCUGUUCUCAUCAAAAACAGCAGGAGCUGCUCAUAUCAUCUCUGCAGGAGAUAAAGCAGACUGCAGACUCAGAGAACCGGGAAUUCAGAGAUGACAACCAGCUCCAAUCACUACAGGCCCACUGUGAGCAUCUCAUGGCACUACUAGAGGAGACAAAAAGUGGGCAUAAAACUGCAUCAACCCUGUUGAGUCAAAAGACUACAGAGUUUGAUACAGUUUUAAAGGAGCUUGAAAUGACACGUAUGCAGAUUGUAAAUGUCCAAACAGAGGUAGAGAGACUGCAGAAGGAGCUGCAGAAGAGCCUUGACAGUCUGCAUUGUGCUGAAAAGGAGAAGAAUGAACUGGAGUCUCAGAUCUCCUGUCUGAGAGAAAAGCUGACUUGUUCAGAGGAGGCUGAGGCUCAGGCUGUGAAGGAAAGGGAGGAGCACAGCAAAAGAGAAGAAGAAAUGGAUGAACAGAUUAAAAAAAUGGAACAAGUACUAGAGGAGGAACUUGAACAAUUUGAGAAGUUGCUAAAAGCCAAGGAUGUUGAGUUGGCAGAAGUGAGGGAAAAAUGGGAAGAGGAGAGACAGGAGAAGGAGAAAGAACUAUUUGACGUAAGGCAUCUUUUGGAGGAGCAGAUGAAGGAGAAGGAAGAAGAGGUGAAGGCUCUACUGGAGAAGCAGGCACAGGCUGUGGUGGAGGCUACAGAAAAGCUGAAGGCAUCUCAUCAGCAGGAGAUAAAAGACCUGAUGGCGAAACAUCAGCAGGAGAUUUCUGACUUGAAUACUCACCUGGAGACAGAGCUGCUGAAGCAGCAGGCUAGUAUGGAGGAAGAGCAGAAGCGACAGAUCAGCCUAAUCAAACAGGUAACUGAACGUGAGCACGAGCGGGUGAUCUCAAAGCUUAAUGCCAAACACAAUGAGGUAGUCAUUCAGCUGAGGACAGAGGUGUCCUUGGAGCUGAGAGAGAGCAUGGAGGCCGCUCACCAGGCUGAACUGCAGCAGGUUCAGGCGCAAAAAGCUGUUGAGCUUGAAGCCCUGCAUCUGAGCCUGACCACAGCCCACAAGUCACAUCUUGAACACUCUCAAGUAAACUUGGAACAGGAGCAGGCAUCUGCUCUUAUAAAGAUUCAGGCCUCUAUGCAGCAGAAAUUUGAUGAAGAAACUGCACUUCUGCGGGCUCGCCAUCAGUCAGAACUGGAUCAGAUCAAGAGGCAGAACCAGGAGCAGCAGGAGAGGCUGCAUGAGCUGCACCAAAAAGACAUGGAAGAGUUGAAGGAGCAGUGGGAGACUUGUGUUGCUCAGCAGAGGGCUUCUGUGGAUGAACAGCAGGUCAAAGACAUACAGGAUCUCAGAGUACAGUGGGAGAAAGAUGCUGAAACCAUGCAGGCGAAUUUUCAAACAUCCCUCUCAGAGAUCCAGAACAGCCUCACUUCCACCCAGGCUGAACUCACCAGCACCCAGGCCUCUCUCACUGAGACCAAUAAAGCUCUUACUGAAGCUCAGGAAGCUCUGUCCCAGAACCAGUCAGAGCUACAGGAGACACUAGCCAGACUGGAGGAACUCCAAACAUCCAGUAAGGAACAGACCCAGAAACUAGAGGAGGAGUUAAAACGAGCCUUGGCUGAGAGAGAUGCUGCAGUCUUUUCCCUGGAGGAGGAAGUUUCUACUCAUAAGACAUUGCUGCAGGAGAAAGAGCAGCAAGCCCUCCACCUACAGGAGAAGGAGCAGCAACUGCAGCAAGAGCUUUUGCAGCUGCAGGAGGAGAAGAACUUGCUCAAACAGAGCUCAGAAGAGGAAGUAAGUCAACUGUGGACCCAGCUGGAGAGCAUGAGAACUAGUCGUCAGGAGUUGGGUGAGCUUAAGGAGCAGCUGCUAGCACGCUCAUCUCGUGUUGAAGAUAUUGAACGCCUAAAGAUAGAGUUUAAUGAACAGAAACGAGAAAUUAAAGAACAAAAUGAGGCUGAGCUGGAAAGCCUGAGGAGAUAUUUUGAGAAGCGGUUGCACGCCACAGAGGAGAGCUACAAGGAGGAAAUUGCUCUGCUCCAGUUGAAGCUGGUAGAAGGUGCCUUGGAGGACUCUCUGCUUAAAAUUACGGAUGAUGGUGCUCUGUCUCAAUCUCAAGCUGAAGGGGAAAAGGAUGUUUCUUCUGAUACUGUUCAACUGGAGAAACACAAGGAAAUGCUUGACAGUUUGAGGCUUCAGCUGGAGGCGAAACACACAAUGGACCUUUCCAGUCUGCAAUCCUCUUUGACUCUAUCCUUGAAGGAAGAGGUGCAGCAGGUACGGUUAGACCUCACUGAUCAUUACUAUGAAGAACUGCAGGAGAUGAAGACUCGUCACGCUUUGGACCUUGAGCAACUCAGAGCCAAACUUUCUGAUGACCAUCUCCAAGAGCUUACCAGAGUUCGUUUUGAGGCAGCGAUGCAGGUUGAGGCUGAGGUCGAACACAGGAUAUGGUGUCACACUGAGGAGCUCCAGACAGCAGUGACCAUCAUCUACACUCUGGAGAACAGAGUGGCUGCCCUCACCGACCAGCAUGAUGCUGAGAUCCAGAACAUGCAGAAGAUGAAACAGGAGCUUGCUCACCUUGAAGAAGUUCUUAAAAUAGAAAGAAAUCAAGCUCAGGAGAAUAUGAACAAGCUGAAAGAAGUGCAAGAGAAGUAUGAAUCUGAGAAUCUGAAGUCAGACCAUGACAAGGAGAUGGCGAAGGAGCAGGCACGCCUUGAAAAAGCACUUCAUGAAGAGAAGGAGAAGAUGAAGUCUCUUCAGGAUGUGCUGGAAAAGGGCGAGGGCCCGCAGGUUCUGGUGUUAAAACAGAGGGUGGAGACCCAUUACAGUGGAGAGCUGCAAAAGACAAAGGACUGUAUGUCUGUAGAAUUUAAAGAGCUCCUUCAAGAGCAGGUUAAGACACGCGUAUGCCAAGCCCAAGAGAGGUUCCAAGAGGAAAAGACAGCAAUAGAGCAGCGUUUAAUUGAUAAGUAUGAAGUGUCUGUGGCAGAGCUAAAGGACAACUAUAAAGCUGAUCUGGAGCGUGAGAGAGCAACACUACUGAACAAACACUCCAAAGAGAUGGAUGCACUCGUUGCCAAACACAAAGCAGAACUAGAUACACUCUGUGCCAGUCACAAAGAUCAGCUUGCAGUUAGAACAGCUGAGCUUGAAUCGAAGCGUAAUGCAGAGCUUGUUGCCUUGGAAGCAGCCCUCAAUUCCAAACAAAAGGAAGACCUUGAACGUCUGGAAGAGACUAAUCGGACUAAGUUAGAGGCUUUGGAAGCAGAAUUGACUCGCAAACACCAGGAGGAGAAAGAUGAAUUAGAAAAGAGGAUGCUCAGUAACAUGGAUACUCUGGAGGCCACUUAUCUGAAAGAAGUGCAAACGCUACAUGAUGAAAUGGUUCAGCUUGAGGAGAAGCAUCGUGAAGGUCUAGUUUCCCUGAAUUUGGAACAUACGCAGCUAAAGGAGCGUCAUGCUGCAGAGCAGCUGUCCAUCAGGGAGGAACUGAGGAAAGAGUUGGCUCAUGUACACAUGGAGAAGUUUAAAGCCAUGGCAGCAGAGCUCAGCCAUGUUCACAAAUCUGAACUAGCUGCUCAAAAAGAGGCAUUGGAUAUUGAACACUGCAAAGCCCUGGAAACCCUUAAGAACCAGGUUUUAGAGCUUGAGCAGCAACACACCGCUGCUCUGCAGGAGCUCUCGCAAACCUACACUGCUGAAAAAGAGCAACUAAUCAAACAGCACCAAGUCCAGCUGCAGGAGCUGAAGGGAGUCUCUGCGCGGGAACUGGAGGCAUGUCGCAGGGAGCUUGAAGAGGAGUCGUCAAGGCAAAGGCAGCACUUCCUAGAAGAGGUGGAGCUCCUCAAAGUCCAAUCAGAAGAACGGCUGCAGGCCAGGAUUAAUCAACUGAAGACGGAAUUUGAAGAGCAGAAGGAGGCGGAGCUUAGAGACCUGAGGCGGAGCUUCACAUCCGAACAAGACGAAAAAGAGCGGAGCUACACAGACAAAAUGAGCCAACUCACUGCCCAGCUGCAGCAACUAGAUGCAGUGGUGGCCCAGCUGCGGGCAGAGGUUAGGUGCCUGCAAGGAGAGUUGGAAGGAAAGCGUGCAGAGAUGGAGACCAUGGACACGCUCCUUCAACGAAGGGAGCGAGAGAGUCAGGAGGGGGGCAACCUUCUGAAGAUGCUCACUGAUGACUUGCAGACAGCUAAAGAGGAAAGAUGCAGACUACACCGUAGAAAUGAGAAAAUGAGGCAGGUGCUGAUCGAGAUGCUCCGCAGCAUCAUGGCAACAGAAGAAUUGAUUGGACAAAAGAUCAGUCCCAGAACCAAAUCAUCUGAGCAGGCGACUCAUCAGAAGAGCUUGAACGGGAACAAAGAGGCACAAGAAUCAGGUAUUUCAGUUGCAGACUUGUCAUCAGAGGAUCUAGAGCUCACCCAAAUGCUCUGUGAGAGUCUGCUGGUUUCAGAUGGUGAGAUCAGUCCUGGUGGAGAAGAAGCAGCUCUGAAUGCUUGCAGCAGACUUCGUCACACAGUGGAUACACUGCUAGAGCUGCUAAACCAAGCAAAUACGCAGCUGGAGCAGACGCACAGUGUUCAUCUUUCUCUGGAGGAAAAGUUCUCUCAAGGUAAAGAAGACUCUGCGCAGCUCCUUGAACAGCACAAGCGUCUAAUGGAGCAGCUUGAUCAGGAGGCCAAGCUUAAGAGUCACCUCCAGCUGGAGCUCCACAAAGCAGAAGGUCUUCUUGAGGGCUACAUGGCUGAAAAAGCAGCCCUAGAGGAGUCUCUGCAGCAGAAGGAGACUCAAGAGGAGAGGCUUGUGGAGGAGCUAGAGGACCUGAAGGUGAAGUUACACCAGAUGGAGGGCCUCACCACAGAGCUGGACACCCUCAGAGCGAAGCAUCAGGAGCUCAGUGAGGAGCACGCAAUCGUCCUGCGACAGAAGGAGCAUCUCUCUGCUGGACUUGGGGAGAGGGAGAAAGCUUUGUUGGCAGAGGCGGAGCGUUUGUCCCAAGAUAGGCUGGACUUGCAGCGGCAGGCAGAGAAGGACCACCGCUCUCUGUCCCUGCGUCUCAGGACUCUGGAGACAGAGCUUGAAGAGCAGGAAACCCGGGGUCUAGAGACAGAGCUGCACCACAAGACCCACACUGAAGACCUCAACCAGCGUGUCCAAGCACUUGAGAAACAGCUAAAACAUAACAGGCAGUUUAUAGAGGAGCAGGCUGUGGAACGGGAACACGAGCGGGAUGAGUUCCAGCAGGAAAUCCGCAGGCUUGAGGCCCAGCUCAGACAGACUGCUAAUGUGGAUAAUAAAGGAUAUCGGUUUGAGGACUUGGUUCUGCAGGUGGAGAGUCUGCAAACUGUUAUCAAAGAUAAGAACGAGGACUAUGCUGCUUUGCUUGCAGCCAGUCAGCAAGCCCAGCGCGAUCUUGGAGAACGCAAUGAGGAGAUAGACAAGCUGGCUGGUCGAGUCAGGGACUUGGAACAAGCACUGCUCAACAGUGCAGAGAGUAACAGAUGCAUCAGUCAACUGGAACAAGAGCUUCAAAAAGCAAAGCUGAGAGAACAGGAGCUAACACAAGAUAAACAGGCACUAGAGCAGCAGCAGCUGUCCAGUAGGCUUCAGAUCUCUGCCCUGCAGUCCAAACUGGAUGAGACGAGACACUGUUACCAUGACAACGGGCGCGACCCCACCCAGGAGCUUAAGGAUGCCCUGGACACUGCCCAACAAAGUCUACAGAGGAAAGAGCAGGAGGUUGAGGUCCUGCUGGGCCAGCUGGAGACUGUGCAGAGAGACUUGAAUAUAAAAGAGGUUGAACUAAAACAUCUCACACUACAACUGGAGCUGCUGACAAAUUCAAAUGCAGCACAUGUUAAUGAGCUCCAAGAGCAAAUUGCUUCUCUGAAAGAAAAUGUGUCUGCCCUGACAAUCCUCAAGGAGGAAAAGGAAGAACUUUGCAAGGUGGAUGAAACUGACGAAGACACCCUCCCUUCAGCACUUCUUCAGGAGAAAAACCAGGAGAUCGACCACCUCAACAGUGAAGUCCAGAGACUGGAACAGGAACUUGAGAAUGCCAGGGAUAAAAAGGUUCUGGAAGUUGAGCUUGAAGAUCUGCGCUCACAGGUGGAACAUCUUAAAUCUGAAAUUACAAGAGUGCGCCAGGACAAACAGGAAGAAGAGGAGCGGCUUCAUGAGGUCAUCAGUACGCUGCAAGCAGAACUCGCCACCCUGGGACCCAACCUGCAUGAAGUCAGUGACUCUCAGGAUGGUGACAGCAUCAAUCCUUCACCUGCCCCCAGCCCCGAACCUCAAAACUAUACUAUCCAAGAGCAAGCGAGGUCAUCAGGGCCAAAUAGCCUAAAGCAUGAGCUCAGCUUGACUCAUUCUACUUCCUCACAAUCGCUUCGUUCUCGUAUCAAGGCCCUUCAAAGUCAGCUUGAGACCGCUGCGGCAGAGAAAGAGGGACUGGAGCGAUUACUGCUCACCCAGGAGGAAGAGUACAGAGGACAUGGGGAAGAGUUUGGAAAGAGGCUUAAAGCUGAGAGAGAAAAGUCAGAUGAACUCCAAGGCCUCCUCACCAUGAAAGAAACUGAGCUGGAGGAGAUCACAGCCCAACUAAAAGAGGAGAGGGAGAAGAGGAAGCUGUCAGAGGAGGAGGGGGGCAGUUGGAAAGUUCAAGCUGAAGAGGCAGGCACCCUGCAGGAGGAAAAGGCCCACCUCAGCUGUCAGGUUAUGGAAUUGCAGAAGAAUGAACAGGAGAGAUUGAGAGAGAUUGAAACUCUAAAAACAAAGGAGAAAGAGAUGAAAAUGGAAAUGGAGGUCCUCAGAGAAACCAGUCACACUCUUGAGAGACAAGCCCAGGAGCUAAGAGCAGAGGUGGGCGAUAUGGAGGAACAGGUGGCUGAGGAAAGGGCCAAAAUGAAAACCCUCGAGACUGCGAAGGGAGAGCUUUCUGCUGAACGCGAGGCACUGAGGAGGAGGGAGGGUCAGCUCCAGGAGGAAAUUGAAACGCUCCAACAAGAAGUGACUUCAUUGAGAGCACUUAUCCAGGACCUAACAGUUAGGCUAAAUGAAAAAGAAACCAGUCAAGAAGAGGCCCAAAAGGAAGUGCUGACCCAUGCUGAGAUUACUUUGGCUAAAGCGGACGCUGCUUUUAGAGAAAAGGAGGCUGAGCUCACCAAGCUCAGGGAAGAACAUCAAGCUCUGAGGGCGGAGCUGACUGCAUUGAGACAGAGCCUGAGUACCAGUACAGAAAGGGCUGAAAAACUGCAUGAGGAAGUUCAGACCAAAGACUGCGCUCUCGUUGACCUUGAAACAACCAACCAACGACUCAAGGCAGAACUUCAAAGCCUUCAGGAGGACCUGGCUGCACAGGAAGAGGAACUAGUGUAUCAGCAGAGAGAACUGCAGCAAUUCCAGCAGCAGUAUCAACAGGGCACAUUUCCUCAACAUCAGGGAUACCCACAGAAGGAUAUUUCUGUCAGAGUUUUUGAGGACAUUGUGUCCCAUCAUGAAGACUCUUUGAGCUCUCCGGAGGUUUUAAGAAGACUCGAGUGCUCUGAGGACAGAAUCCCUGAACGCUUCCAGACCUCUGACCUCAGCGGCCUGAAUAACACAGGGAUGGACCUCCCCCAGGUCAAAUCCUCUCCCAGGGUUGUGAUGGAGCCUCCUCCAUAUUCCAGGACCAUCACCCCAGACCCAGCCACGCAGAGUACCCACUCACCACGCUCUGUGUCAGUAUGUGAUAACUACUCCAUCCUCGAUUCACUGGAUGCUGACAAAGUGCGUGAAUUGGAAGGAUUUGACCUAACGACUCCUUCAUCUCCACUUGGCUCCACCUCUUCCUUGUCAGCACCAGAAUGGGCCAGUGAUGGAUAUGGCAGCAAUGUGAGUUCAGAAUUGGGUGCGAGGCUGAGAGUGGAGCUGGAGCAGACUGAGAGACUGGAUGCUCAAUUUAUUGAGUAUCUCCGCUGCAGAGGAGUUGACCCCACCGCUAACACAGACAGUGCUGCAGGCAGUAUGAGCUACAGUGAUGACCUGUUGUCACCUGAGCUUCAGGGACUGUUGAAGAAAGUUUAUCAAGAAAGCUGCAGAAUUCUGACCUUGUCCCAGCGCCGUGUCAAUCCAUCAGCCCAAUCUCAUGUGUCAGACUUAAAAGCCUGCUCACUGAGUCAGUCGCAGCAUCAUGCUGAAGAUGGCUCUGCUCCACUGCACCACCAGGAUAAAUCAUCUAAUCCUCCCAUGAGCUGGCAACAGGAGAAGAGGGCAUUGCAGGAGACCGUGAUUGCACUUCGAGAGUUGCUCUGUCGAAUGGCACAAAGACAUACACAAACUGAUGACAGAGUUGACAGUAACUGGCACAGAGAUCAACUACAUACUGAGGGACGGGUUGAAUCCCAGCUGAGGGUAGAACUAGAGGAGAGCCAGAAACAGUUAAAAUGUGCACAUGACACUCAGCAUGAGCAAAAGAACAAAAUAAUGUCACUCAGGCUGACUAUAGAAGAGGCUGAGGAGGCUUUGAGGAGAGAACAGGCCAGAGUCAAUGACCUUCAACAAGAACUAGAGCAGGAACGGGCUCUGAGUCUCCGUAAAAGAAGAGAGGAGGAGGAAAAGAGAGAGACUGUACAAGUAUCCUCUGAGAAGCUGAGGUCAGAGGUCAUGUCUCUAAAAGGUCAGGUGGAGCAGGAGAGGGUGGCCUGUAGCAACCUCAGACAAGAGCUUCAGAUUGAACAGUCCCGCAGUGUGCUGCUAGAGAAACGCCUAGAUGACACCCAGAAGGAGCUAGAAGAUGAGCGCAAACAUUCUGCUCACCAACAAGAGCUCAGCUUGCAAGAAAAGACUCGUCUGGAGCUCCUACUGACUGAAGCAGAAACUCGCUUGACUGAAAUUCACUCAAAGCUCGCAGAUUCUCACAGGAAGCUUGAUGAAGAGCGAGACCGCUGCUCCAGGCAGGUGGAUGAGCUCAGCCGCAGACAUGAGACUGAUGCUGCGAGAGACAGGAAAUUCAUCUCGGAUUUGCGCUCCCAGCUAGAGCAGGAGCGAAGGCAAGGGGAGGAGCUUGCAGCUGUGGCAGACAAACUGAGGACAGAGCUGCUACAGAGCAGGAGGAAAUGGGAAGAAGAGGACAGAGCGAGGUGGGAGGAGCUUCAGAGGGAGCAAGAAGUGGCCACCCGAAAUCGUGUUGCAAUUGAUACUCUGAAGGAACAGAAACAGGAAGCCAUCCAGGCAUUAGAGGUGGAGCAAGAGCACUCCAGACGCCAAGGGGUGGAACUCACAGAGCUGAAGGAGAGACUCCGACUACUGAAGGACAAAGAGAGGGAGAGGGAGGAGCAGUGGGAGAGAGAGAAAAGGAAGGAGAUGCAUGAGCAGAUGGAAAGAGAGAGGCGACAGGAGAGGAUAAACAGCAAACUGUGUGAGUUGGAGUUGUUGAGGCAGCAGGACCAGCAGCGCAUGCAGGAGCUGCAGCACACACUGGCAGAGCUGCAAAGAGACGAAAGAGAGAUGGCUUCUCAGCGGCUGUCUGGACGAACCAUGGGACAGCAACACAAAGCUGAAACUUUGCCUCACCCCCACAUCAACCUCCCCAGUGAAGGUGCCCAGGCAGGCGAGUCACAACAGCACCAGCAGAUGCCAUCCAAGUCGUCCAACCUGUUGGAGACGUUGCUGAAGGAGAACUCAGAGUUGACAAAGCGUGUGACAUCACUGAGCCAAGAGAGAGCAACUCUCAAACACAAACUCACCUGCCUGGAGCGACAGCUGCGUCGCACAGAGAAUGAGCUCACCAAGGUCACCACAGAAACCGAAAAUAGGCCCAUCAAUGACAUGUCCAGCAACACCAAGGUUCAGCGUUACUAUGAGCGCUACCUGCGUGCUGAGAGCUUCAGGAAAGCUCUGGUGUACCAGAAGCGUUACUUACUGCUGCUGAUAGGAGGAUUCCAGGAGUGUGAACAAGCCACACUGUGUCUUAUCGCUCAUAUGGGAGCUCGACCUUCACCCCCACUCUCCUCCAGGCGUAGACCCCUUGGACGAUUUAGGGCUGCGGUACGAGUCGUAAUUGCGGUCUCAAGAAUGAGGUUCCUGACGAGGAAAUGGCAGAAAGCAAUCAGAAGAUUAUCAUCUGGGUUUGUCAAUGGGCAUGCGCCAGGACUUAAAGCUGAAGUUUUAAGGCAGCAGCAGCCAAGAUCAAAUUCUGACUCCUCACAGAACCAAGACAGCAGCACCGUCCGCAUAGACACUCUGUCAGCGCUUGUUCCACCCAGCAAAUCACCAUUCAGGCUGCGCCACAGGUCACACUCCAGUACCACUUUGGCCUCAGUACAAUCAGGUGGAACAUCUCAGGAUCCAGAGCGAUCCCUGACAGAAUAUAUCCAUCAUCUUGAGAAAGUCCAGCAGCGGCUGGUGGGAGCCAGCCAAGGUUCGUCUGCUCUCCAGCCCGAUCCAAAGUAGCCUGAAAGCUAAAGACUGAAACUGCUCAUGCCUUACACUCUUUGUAGAAAUGUAUAGAAAGGAUGUUACCUGACUUUUAUAAUAAAUUAUUUUUUAUUUUCUUAUGUAAUUUUUCUAUUCUCUGCACUUCAGUAUUUUGAAAGUCACUCACUGUUUUUUUGCACUGCUUUUUUUUUUUUUUUUUUAAUCUUUGUGUGCUGUAAAUGGUAUCAGUGUUCAUUAUACAUGUUACUAAAUGCACUAGUUUUAUACUAGAAUUCAAAGAUCUACAAAACUUGGUGCACAAUUGCAUAAUUGUAAACCACGUGUUUUUUUUUUGUUUUUUGUUUUGUUUUUUAAAUCAAUUAAAUGUGUAACUACAAACCAGGUGGACUGUUUCUUGUAACCUCUCAAAACGGGGAUCCUGA